UCUGGCGGCGGCGCGCAGCCGGAGCGCGGCCUCUUUUCCUCCAGCGAACAACAGUUUCUCACGAACAACAGCUUUAAUACCGGCGAGGCGAGCAGCUGAUGAAGAGGAGGGUGAGGAGGUGAGGAAGAGGCUCGGCGGCGGGUAGCUGCGGACUCAUCGCCAUUGUUUGGAUGCGGAGAGAGAGAAAAGGACCCGGAUGAGAGACAGCAUGCCCCCCCCACUGCUGAUAACCCUGCUCUGUCUGCAGCUCCUGAGCGCGUGUGCGUUCCAGGCGUCUCUGAGCGAUGGCGGUCAGAUCGUGGCGACGCUGGAGCGCUCCGACCUCCAGGAGAACGUGACGGCGUACGCUGCUCAGAUCUCAGGAGGAACGAGGCCCAUCAUCGUGCAGUUUGAGAACGCCAGCGAGCUGAAGGUCAAGGAGCUGAAGGUCAAGGAGCUGAAGGUCAACGCCUCGCUGCACGGCCUCUGCUACAGCGUCAGCUUGCUGCUGAGAGACGGGCCGGACGGCUGGUCCAAACCCAUCAGAACCAUCCCAGUGCUCACCAAGCCUCUCCCCGUGCGCAGCGUGCACAUCUGGGACUACAGAGAGUCUCCAGAGACCGGCGUGGUGUUCCAGCUGCAGCCACCAGGGGGCAGCGUGUUCAGCCGCGUCAACAUCAGCUACAGCGAGGGGGCGGAGCCUCGCUACAUGCUGUACAAAGACUUCCACAAGGGGAAGACGGUGUUCAGGCACUGGCUCCCUGGCGUCUGCUACAGGAACAUCACCUUCAUGCUCAUCUCUGAGGCCACCAUCUCCCAGCAUGCACUGCUCUCACACAGCGACGUCACACACACCCCUCUGCACCACAGGACAGUCCCGUUCCCCCCCCUCAACAUCUCCCAUAAGAUCGUGCACCUGGUCCAGAGGCCUCUCCAGAAGGACCCCCCUGCCCCCCCCCGGCGGUCCCGGGACGUUGCCCUCCUGGACGAAGAGCCCCUGGAGGAGGUUCAGCCUUCAGACGAGCACGAGGGCACGGAGGCUCCUUUCAGCUUCAGCCCAACGCACAACCUGACAGGCUUCAACCUGACCAACGAGGAGGAUGAGGGGGCGUGGCUUAAUCCACCGAAGGAGGGGGCGUGGCCUAAUCCACAGAAGGAAGAAGAGGAGGAGGAAGAGGAGGAGUUUGUGAACGCGGUGGUGUCAGAGUAUGAAGACUCGGGGUCAGCGAUGAUGCUCCCCCCCCGACCCCCCCCGCAGUGUGUCCCCCCCCCGCUGCCCCCCCUCCUCAUGGAGGUAAGAUGGCUGCCCCCCCGACCGCCGACCAGCUACGACGGCUUCAACAUCUACAUCUACAGAGACGGGAACUCCACGGAGACGGCCUCGGUGGACGAGAACACUCACGAGUUCUUCACUGAGUUGAUGGAGCCGGGAACAUAUCGAGUCCUUGUGAAAACACUCAGCUCCGCGGGGGACUGCGAGCCUCGAGAGAGCGCCGCCAACACUCAGUUCACCUUCUACCUCAGUGCCUCAGGUGUGGUCCUGGAGGACCUGAGCGAGCGUCCUCAGGCUGUCGGCGUGCGGCUGCUGGACUCCAGCACGGCUGCCGUCUCCUGGUCAGAUUCCACAGAGAAACACAACGGCAGCUUAGUGUCCGUGAUCUCUACGACCUGCAGGAGACCCAGCAUCAGCCAGAGGAUGGAGAACACCUACUGUGAACAGGAGAACUCCUCCAGCGACCUGAUCACCAACCUGACCCCAGGAGCUCAGUACCGGGUGGUGGUCUACCACACCAACGGCCCCCUGCUGAGCCCCCCCUCCGAGCCUGUUAUCAUCGAUAUAGAGCCCACGGGGGUGCAUCAGCUCUCGGUGUUCCCCCUCUCCCCCACAGCAGUGCUCCUCAGCUGGCAGAGGCCCUACCUGGUCUCCUUCAGGAAGUUCAUCCUGCAGACCUUCUUCUUCAACCCCGUGACCCUCGCCUCAGAGUGGACCGUCUACUACGAGAUCGCUGCUACUAGCUCUGUGAUCGCCUCCGUGAGAGUGACCGACCUGCUUCCUGCCUGGUAUUAUAACUUCCGUGUUUCCAUGGUGACGUGGGGCGACCCCCCCCUCAGCUGCUGCGACAGAUCCACCGUCAGCUUCAUCACAGCCCCGGAGGCGCCCCGCAUCUCCUCGGUGGACUACUCCCACGGCGUGCUCUACGUGCGCUGGACGUACGGAGAGCUCUUCAUCGACCUCUCUCACUCCCGCAUGCUGCACUGGACCCUGCUGGCCGUCGGGAAGAAAGGCUCCGAGCGGCGCUUCUCCAUCGACGUGACUCGUAACGUGAUGUUUGCCGGCCUCCCCCUCCCCCCCGGAGAUAUUUACAACCUGACGGUGACGGCGUGCACGGAGCGGAGCAGAAACACAUCGAUCCCUCACAUCAUCAAACUGGAGCCGGCUGCUCCUCGCGCUCUGAUGGCAGUGAACGCCUCACACAGCUCCGUCUCGCUGCUCUGGACGCAGGACGGGGUCGUGGACUUCUACCAGAUCCUCUGCAGAGACCCCAUGCCGGAAAGAGAGACCAAGUCUCGAGAGCCUCAGACGUUCAGCGGUCACAUGGUGACGGUGUCCGGCCUGAAGCCCGCCUCCAAAUACAACUGCUCCAUCACCAGCUUCAGCUACAACACCCCCAGCAGACCGGCCCACAUCACCAUCAGGACCACUGAUAAAGAGAUGAACCCCAGCGUAGGGGCGAUCUCGGCUCUGGCCGUCCUCAGCAUCCUGCUGCUCAGUCUGAUGGUCCUCUUCCUGCUCAUCCUACGCAAGAAACACCUGCAGAUGACCAGAGACUGCGGUGCCGAGACGUUCGUAAACUUCGCUUCGUUUGAGCGAGACGGGAAGCUGCCGUAUAACUGGCGAAGAAGCCUCUUUGCCUUCCUUACCCUCCUGCCGUCCUGCCUCUGGACUGACUAUCUUUUGGCUUUUUAUAUUAACCCUUGGAGCAAGACAGCUUUAAAGAAGCGGAAACUAACCAGCCCGGUGCAGCUGGACGACUUCGAGGCGUACUUCAGAGAGAUGAGCAAAGACUCUGCGUACAAGUUCUCCCUGCAGUUUGAGGAGCUGAAGAGUGUGGGUCUGGAUCUCUCCCACGAUGCAGCUGAUCUACCCGUGAACCGUCCGAAGAACCGAUACACGAACAUCCUGCCGUACGACUUCAGCCGGGUGCAGCUGCUCUCUCUGCACCACGACGAGGGCUCCGACUACAUCAACGCCAACUACAUCCCCGGCUAUAAGACCCCCCAGGAGUACAUAGCGACCCAGGGCCCGCUCCCUGAGACCAGGAAUGAUUUCUGGAAGAUGAUCCUCCAGGAGAAGAGCUGUGUGAUCGUGAUGCUGACGCAGUGCAGCGAGAGACGCAGGGUGAAGUGCGACCACUACUGGCCGUUCUCAGACGAGCCGGUUCUGUACGGAGAGAUCAGCGUGGAGCUGCUGUCGGAGAGCGAGGCUCCGGAGUGGAUCGUCAGGAAGUUCAGACUGGGAUACGCGGACGAGUCCCAGGACGUCCUGCACCUGAACUACACAUCGUGGCCGGAUCACGGCGUGCCCACGGUGAACGCCAUCGAGAGCAUCCUGCAGUUCGUGAGCAUCGUGCGUCAGCAGGCCGGGAGGAGCAAGACGCCCGUCACCGUGCACUGCAGUGCGGGGGUGGGCCGCACCGGCACCUUCAUGGCUCUGGACCGCCUGAUGCAGCACAUCAGAGAGCACGAGUUCACUGACAUCCUGGGUUUGGUCUCUGAGAUGAGGUCGCACCGGCUGUCCAUGGUGCAGACCGAGGAGCAGUACGUGUUCAUCCAUCAGUGUGUGCUGUUGAUGUGGCAGAAGAAGAAGCAGCAGAGCUUGACCUCAGACGUGAUCUACGAGAACGCCAGCAAGACAUAGAACCUGGAGAACCUGGAGAACCCUCCAACGCUGCGAACACGCCCACCUCCUGAGCUUCAGGCAUCCAUUCUCUGCAGAGGAACACCCGCUUCAUCAUCACAAAACUAAACAGUGACAAAAAAAAAAAAAAAAAUCCAGUUUUUGGUUUGAAUUGGUGUCAAAGCAUGGGAUGGACUUUUGCCUUAAGGAGCCUUCACUGACUGACCAAUAGAAAC